AUGGCGGCGAAUACAGUCGAGAUAACGGUUUUGCUGCUGUUUUCGUUAAUAAAUGCUUCUUUGGGAGUAGUGUCAGUUGAUUUGAAUGGCGUUUGGCAAAUAUCAAAUGAAAACCGAGGACAUCAAAUCAAUGGAACUGUGCCAGGAACUGUUCAUUUGGCUUUAUACCAGAAUAAAAUGAUCCAGGAUCCCUACUAUAGAAACAAUGAUGCUAAAUACAGGUGGAUAGGACUAGAUGAUUGGACGUACACCAGAAAAUUUCAAGUCAGUACUAGUGUAUUUAACAGUAAAAGGGUUAUAUUAGUAGCUGAUGGAUUAGAUACAUUUUCUACUGUGUAUAUCAAUGGACAGUCAGUGGGUGUAUCAGAUAAUAUGUAUAUGAGAUACGAGUACGACAUUAAGAAUGUUAUCAAGAAUGGAACCAACACAAUAGAGGUAAAAUUCCGAUCAGCUGUGAAGGAGGCUGAGAAACUGGCCAAGGCUUCGUCUUAUAAUAUACCUCCAGAUUGUAAAGACCCAGCCCAACAUGGUGAAUGUCACGUACAGUUUAUUAGAAAAGCUCAGUGCUCCUUCAGUUGGGAUUGGGGUCCAUCUUUCCCAGUUCAGGGAAUUUGGUUAGUCUCCUCUUUAGAUGUUGAAUUGUCAUAUAAAAACAAUAAACUUCAUAUGUCCUAUUGUUAUUAUCUAGAUAGUAAUAAUACAUGGAGUGUGGAUGUGGAAGUGUAUUUUGAUGUUAUAAAGGGUAGUGUUACUGGUUCUCUAGAGACAGUAUUAGAUACAACUCCACCAAUACGACUAGUGACUGAUAUUAAACUUACUAACGUUGAAAAUGGUGCCAAAUAUACCAUCAAUGUACCGAAGGAUACCCCAGUAGAUUUAUGGUGGCCCAACGGUUACGGCAAACAGUCUCUAUACAAACUAUCAGUAAACUUCACUGGAAAUACAGGACUAAAAGAAUCAUCAACCAGGACUAUUAAAAUAGGAUUCAGAACUGUUGAAAUAGUACAAGAUCCUGUUUCAUUAGCCAACAAAACAUAUGGUCUAUCAUUUUUCUACAAAGUAAACGAUGUACCAGUAUUUUUCAAGGGAACUAACUGGAUUCCGUCAGACAGUUUCCUAGAAAGAGUUACUGAUAAUAAAAUCUAUGCAUUACUCAAAUCCGCUGCAGAAGUUCAUAUUAAUUCGAUGAGGGUAUGGGGAGGAGGGGUUUAUGAAACAGAUUAUUUCUACCAGUUAGCAGAUGAGUUAGGUAUUAUGAUUUGGUCUGAUUUUAUGUUUAGUGUGGCUCUAUAUCCAACUAAUACAGCUUUCUUACUAUCUGUUACCAUAGAAACCAGACAACAAAUACGAAGAUUAAAAUAUCACCCGUGUAUCGCUGUCUGGGCUGGAAAUAACGAGAAUGAACUAGGAUUAAGACAAGGAUGGUAUGGUGUAAAAGCAGUAGAUCCCUAUAAAAGUGAUUAUAUCAAGUUAUAUAUAACAACUAUCGGUAACGUGGUAAAACAGGAAGAUAAGACCAGACAGUAUCUAUCUUCCAGUCCUUCAGAUGGUGUGUAUACUAAACAACAGGGCGGUAUAGCUCAAAAUCCUGCCUCUGAAUUCUAUGGUGAUGUUCACUAUUAUAACUAUAUUAAUGAUCUCUGGAACUGGGAAACUUAUCAGAUACCAAGAUUCGCCUCCGAGUAUGGAGCUCAGUCCUGGUGUAAUUAUGAAACUGUAGAGAAAGUAUUUGAAGCUGAUGAUUUAGAUUAUUGGUCUGAUAUGGCAGAAUGGAGACAACAUCAUGGACUAGGUAAUAUUGAGAUGAUUGUUCAAGCUAUGUUACAUUUUAAACUUCCUAAUUCUUCCAACAGACAACAGCGAUUUGAUGAUUUGAUUUAUAUAACACAGAUACAUCAAGCCAUGGCUAUGAAAGUUGAAACAGAACAUUAUAGAAGAUUAACUAAUGAAUUAUUUGAUGAUGGCAGGGGAUUAACUAUGGGGGCGUUAUACUGGCAACUCAAUGAUAUCUGGCAAGCUCCAACUUGGGCUUCCAUAGAUUAUGAUUUAAAAUGGAAAAUGAUCCAUUACUAUGCUCGACAUUUCUUCACCCCCAAUUUGAUUUCCCCGUUUGUGAACGGAAGUAAUUUAAAUAUCUAUAUGGUGAACGAUGAGAUACCCAACGAUGUUCAUCGAACACAAAAUGACCUACAGGGUCUUGAAUUUAGAGCUGUCAAUGAUUUGAAACAAUUGCAGAAAACUUCAGGUUUGAUAUUUGAAAAGGACCUGGAAUCGGUAUUAAAUGAAGGGAAAUGUACAGAUAAAAAGAAAUGUUUUCUCUAUUUUUAUUUGAAUUCUAAAUCUCAUCCAGUCAGUGUAAACUGGCUGCCAUUGUCUUAUUUUACUGGUAACGAUCUCACAGCUUCACUUGGACUUCAUAAAGCUCAAAUAAUGAUAACGGAUGUGACUGCAAUUUCUGCGACAGAAUUCAACAUAAUUCUGGCCACCAAUACUGUGGCACCCUUCGUUUGGAUAAAUGCACAAGGAAUUUCUGGACGGUUUUCAGAUAAUGGUUUCCUAAUGAAAGAUCCAUUGAUGCAGUUGAAAUUUACAGCAUGGCAACCUGUUAAACCGGACGACUUCAGAGAUUCUCUGACUGUCAAAUCUUUGAUGGAUAUUUAUCAUUAG